AUGGCAUCGAUUUCACAACUUACAGAAGAAGAGAAAAACUUCACAAGAUUUUUCCUCCUCAACUUUAAAGUAUCACCUGACAUUGUCAGGCGAUUCUUUGACACAGUGUUUCCUCCAAAACAUCUAUCCCAAUGUAUUAAUAACAGUAUGAACGCCAUUAUCAAAUUAAACAAAGCAAGAAGAAUAAAUGCGGCCCAAUUAGAAAUAUUAAGGGGUGUUCCAGGAACUAUAUGGCCACCCUGUCUUUCACCGAUGCCUGUAGGAAAAAAAGCCACCUCGUCUAAGGACUUUGAUUUGGCUAUGAUGAUAUGUCUGCUGCGAUAUCUAGGAGGUUUAUUAACACCCUGCAAUGGAUGGGAUCAGCUUCCGCAUCCGAAUGAUACGUUACCAGGAGCAGACCUGUCUACAUUAAUGUGGUACAGAAAUCAGUUGACCCGUACGACUCUUGCUUCUAUGGAUAACAACGAAUUUAUAGACAAGUGGAAUCAGGUUGACAAGGCAUUGGCAUCUUUAAAUAACGGUCAAAGACCGCACGAGGUCUGUGAAAUUUUGAAUUACGAUAUUGAUGGAAAACAAGCAAAAACAUUAGCAAAAAAAAAACUGAAGCAGCUGACAAGUGAUUACCUAGAUUGCGAAAAGGAAAAAAACCAGAUAGAUAAUGAUUUUUCAUAUUACAGACAAGGAAAUAUUCCGAAACCCAUUGCAGGUUUGAUUCAAUUUCAACAGUAG